AUGCCUCUCGUCGUUCCUGGAGUCACGGCCGACAACGUGAGCGCCGACAAGGCGAAGGAGUGGAUGACGAAGCUGGCAGGCAAGACGCUAACCGAGGGGCCAUCUUCCGAGACCACACGAGUUAUCGAACCAGGCAUGAUGGUGACUAGGGAUUAUCAGCCCGAGAGACUCAACGUCCAGGUCAAGGACGACGGGACUGUUGAGAAUGUGUAUCAUGGCUGA